AUGUCCAAGAGAAAAUCCGCUACUAACAACCAUCAAGAAGAUAAAAAUUCAAAAGUUGUAGAAUUUAAAGAAGAAAUAAUAGAAAUUGAUCAAGUUGAUUCAUCAAAACCUAUUUUUAAUGCUACAACAAACAAACAGAAUUACGAACAACCAUUACCUUUUUGGACUAUAUCAGAUAGUUUAUUAAUCGUCGUUAUUACCUUGCAUUUAAUUGUUGUCCCAUAUACCAAAGUUGAAGAAAGUUUUAAUCUACAAGCAAUCCACGAUAUCUUAAACUAUGGAAUUUUCGACAUUUCUAAAUAUGACCACUUGAAAUUUCCAGGUGUAGUUCCAAGAACUUUUGUUAGUGCACUAAUAAUUUCUGUAUUAAGUAAACCUUUUACAUAUUUCAACAAUUCCCAAACUCAACUGGAUUCUCAAAUUAUCGCCCGUGCUAUGGUUGGUUUAUUAAACGGUCUUUCCCUAAUAUAUUUAAAGUAUCAAGCUCAAAAAAAGGAUAAAAUCGAGUUAAACAAAAUUGUAAAAACAAAAGUUAAUUCUUCCAUUGGGAAUUGGUUUAAUGUAUUUACUUUAACCCAGUUUCAUUUGAUGUUUUACAGUACAAGAACGUUGCCCAAUUUCAUGUUAAGUUUACCCUUGAGCAAUAUUGCUUUGGCUUGGUGUGUAAACGGUAAAUUUGCUCAAAGUAUAUUACUUUUAUGUUUCUCCGGUAUUAUUUUCAGAAUGGAACUAGGUGUUUUUGCGGUUUCAUUGACCAUUGUUUUAUUACUAGCCAAAGAGAUUUCCGUUAAAAGGGUGAUUAGAUUGGUUAUUAUCGGUGUUGGCUUAGGUUUAGGUGUUACUAUGACUAUUGAUAGCUAUUUUUGGCAGAGAUGGACUGUUCCUGAAUUAGAAUCUUUUGUAUUCAAUGUAGUUGGCGGCAAAAGCAAAAAUUGGGGUACAUCUCCAUUUUUAACCUAUUUUACCGGCUACUUAUUAAUGAUUUUCUUACCACCAACUGUUUUAAUGCUAAAUUGGGCCGGGUUGAAGAAUUGCAUCAACUACAAUCUAAAGUAUGUUUGGGCUUGUUCAUUUUUGCACAUUAUUUUAAUGUCCUUUCAACCACACAAAGAAUGGAGAUUUAUUGUUUAUAGUAUUCCAGGUAUUACUUUAUUAGGUGCUAGUGGUGCCUCUUUCCUUUUUAGUACUUUAAACAAUGAAAGUGUUUUAAAUACAGUCAUCUGUUUGUUAAUCUCAUUAUCCCCACUAUUGUCCUUUGCCAUAUCUUUAGUAUUUUUAUACAUUUCCUCUUGGAAUUAUCCAGGCGGUGAAGCUUUACAGGUUUUCAAUAAUUAUAUUUUGAGUAAAAAUGUAUCAGAUGUAUCUGUUCACAUGGAUGUCGCAAGUUGUAUGACUGGUGUUUCUUUGUUCGGUGAACUAACAACGAAUAAUGUCACUUAUGACAAGACUGAAGAUCAUAAUGAAUUGACAGAGUUAUGGCCUAACUUUGAUUAUUUUAUUGGCCAAUACCCUUCAUUCAAUCAAUCGAACUUUACAUUAAUUGGUAAAACUAAAAUUUUCAAUGGGUUCAAUGUUGAUUAUUUAGUAAAUUUAGGCAAACAGUAUCAUAAUGGCUUUUCAAUACUGGAUGAGAUUAUUUCUACCCGUAAUAUGGAUCUAAUAUGGGAUUUCUGGGAUAAUAUUUUUAUAAAAGAUGAUCUUAUUUAUAUUUGGGAAAGAAAGGAGAUGAGCAAGGAUUAG